CUCGGGCGCACAAUAUACAUCGCCAAAAAUAAAAUAAAUGAUCUCACUUAUCCUCGGACUAUGUACAGCUUCGAAAACAAUAAUUUACCAACCUAUGGCUUUCUUGUGAUUUAAUAAUAGUAGUUUUCUACGGAAUCUGCUGAGAGUACUAAUACAGCCAUGCAGCAGUCACCUUUUGAAAAUAUUUUCAAUAUCUUGGGUGGUAUAACUGAAGGCAAUGAAAAGCCUAUGAAGCAUGGGUUUUAUAAUGCUUUUGCCCUUUUCAUACUCACAAUAUGUUGCGCCGCGGUAUACGUUCUAUUCCUAAUAUUAGAACCAUUCUUCAAACCACUAUUUUGGGCUCUAUUAGUCGGUUCAAUACUGCACCCUUUCAAAUAUAAAAUUUCGAAGAAACUCAAGUCGUGGUUCGAAGAUCUGGAGAAGUCUGACACGUCAGUGAUAGUCGGUUUGAUGGUGAUCCCAAUAAAUGUUGUUAACUUCGCUUCAGACACAAUUGGACAACAAUUUAGAGAGCACUACAAGACUGUAAUUACGCUACUCUCUGCAAUAUUUGUGUUGCCAUGGUUGUAUGAUUCUAUACCACGAGGUUUAUCCUGUCUGCUCUGGCAGUUGAUCAGUUUCAUUAGCUUUUCCACCAAAAUGCUAAUAAGCAUCUGCACCUCAUAUAUUACUCUAACCAUAGUUUUGGCCUACAUUAUCAGCGUUUACACAUUAUGGACACCACAAAGGGAGAACAUGUUCCGAGUGACGUCACAACUACUUUGGCUCGUAAUUACGAGCUUUAUGGCUAGUUUAACGGGUUCCAUCCAAGUGUACACAUUCAUUUUUCUCCAAAUUAUAUGUAUAACUGGCUUUAUAAUGGAGAUUCUGGAUGUUCACAAGAAAAUCCUGUUAAAGGAUCCUGAAGCAUCGAUCAUAAUAUCAAUACACAGAGUUAUAACAAACAGUCACAGAGAGAAAGAAACUAACACAGAAGACAGUAAAUCUGAUAGUGCGCAAAUCUCUGCUAGUGAAACUGAGGGGACCCCUGAUAAGGAGACCCCUUCUCCCGAUACACCAGAAACGUUACCCAAAAGCGGAAGCUGGACCAGCAAUGAACCCAGUCAAUGUCCUCCAAGACCACCGAAAAUAUUGUAUAAAACGCGAACAUUGUCCGCAUUGCCACUGUCGGGUACAGGCAAAGUUAAACAAGAAUAUCGCUUCCUGCCAUCAAUUAAACACAAAUCGCUCGAUGAUUAUUACAUGAAGAAUAACUUCGACAAUGACGAAGAAACAGCGUUGUAUUUCAAAUUGCUUUUCUUCGGUUUCCUCUGUAUGUUGGUCUGGAAGAACAUAUGGUUACUGCCAUUAGUUUUGGUGUUUUUAGUUAUACACUUCAUGAAGAUUGGUUUGGAUUAUUUCGGAGUCUGGUUGUUCUUUGAAAACCAGUACAACAAUGUGGCUUUGAAGAUAAAAGCUUGGUGGAAUAAUAGGGAGACUGCUCUAAUACCAGCACAUAUACGUGGAGUCGGUAAAAUGAUGUCAAUAUGCAAUACAAGCCUCAGAGAUAUGGCAUAUAGCUCUGUAGAUACUGUGUCCAGUUGCAUUGUAAUCAUUGGCUUGAUACUAUUUCUUACAGUAGCAACCAUUUUUAUUUGUAUACAGAUAUAUUCGGAAGCCAUAGUUGUGGUACAACUAAGCGGUAGUCUUCUUAAUAGUACGUAUGUUCAGAAUAGUGUAUUGCAUAACUAUCUCCCCGAGGGAUGGGAAGAGAAACUCGACUCUCUUAUCGAUGACGCGUAUACGUACGGAAGGGAAGGAAUAUCGACAACCAUACAGAGACACGUUAAAAACAUCUUGAAGGAAGGCGACCCAGAGAAAGUAUCACGCGUCGAACAACAAGUUUUGGAGAUUUGGGAUAGAGUUUAUCAGAGUUGGGCGUCGGGACAUUUCGCCACGGCGGUCGGGCCCCAAGUCGAUAGUACCGCCAUACAGGACUCGUGGGAUAACUUCGUCAACAACGUAUCCGACUCAUCGAGUUUGUUCGACUACUCCGGUGUAGUUUCGUGGUUACAAGCCAAUGUGGGUACUCUGAGCGCUAUAGCCAGUAGCAUAUGGGCACCGCUGGCCAGCAAUGUUUCGUUACUGGCCGGAUCUUUGGGUGCAUUUACGUCAUUACUCCUCGGAGGAGGCAGUGCGAUUAUCAACAUGUUCAUAAAUAUGAUAGUAUUCUUCACGACACUGUUCUAUCUGCUAGCGUCCAGUAACGCGCUCUACAAGCCAGUGGAAGUGAUCACUCAGGUGCAGCCGAAUUUCGGACCCCGUCUUGGCAUUGCACUUUCUGUUGCUAUCAACCAGGUAUUCAGGGCAUCGUUCAAAAUGGCGUUGUUCUAUGGAUUAUGGACUUGGCUAGUGCACAAUCUCUUCGGGGCUAAAGUGGUAUAUUUACCUUCAGUUCUAGCUGCAGUGCUAGGAGCUGCGCCGUUCCUAGGGCCAUAUUUGGCGGGUUUACCGGCAGCUCUUGAUGUGUGGCUUCAGGGCAGACCCUUGGCGGCUGUGAUGCUGCCCCUUGUUCAAGCCGCACCCAUCGCAUUUUUAGAUGCGGCUGUUUACGCUGAGAUUAAAGAUGGUGGACAUCCCUACGUGACAGGUCUAGCUAUAGCGGGCGGUAUCUUCUAUCUCGGUCCCGAAGGAGCUAUACUAGGUCCCUUGUUACUAUGCUGUCUUAUGGUGGUCCUGAAUUUAUCGUCAGCAUUCCUCCGAGACACGCCAACGGACGAGAGGGCCGCCUUACAUUCUCGUGUCAGGUCAUUAUUCGGACGCUCUUAAUCCUGAGAUAUGGUGCCUAUAUGUAUUGAAUUGCAUGGGACAACUAACCAAAGGUCAAUUGAAAACAUUUUAUUUUUAAUUAAAUUUAAAUUAUAAAUUAUAAAUUAUGAAAACAUUUAGUAGACUUAUAUGGAUUACUUACUAACGCCGCAUGAAGCUAUCCGUUGAAUUAAAUUGAUAUCUAAGUAAACAACCAACAGGUUUCGAAUAAAGCUAGAUACAUUUUAUUGAAAAAUAAAAUAUAUUUAUAAAUUCACUUUAUUAAUUGAUAACAUAAAAGUAAUUUGAAAUCGAGAUAGGGAAUCGAGGUAAGAAAAAUUAAAAAAUCGAUUUUUGCAGAAAUUAAAUACAAUUCCCAGUGGACCGCACUAGUAUGCGCAUCUAAUGAAUACAUACAUAUUAUAAUUUCAGUAAAAUAGUUCUAAAUUUAAUUGAAUGAACGAAACCAAAUGUAGUCUGUUCUUGUUUUAUUAAGAACUAAAUGAAAUAUUAUAUUAUCUGCUCUCUAAAAGUUCAAAGCAUAUUGCGCUUUAAAAAAAAAACAAUAAAAUAGUUGAUUGCCUUUAAGAUUUUUCGUUAAUGAGUUGAGAUUUAAAGUAAAAUGUAUCUUAUAUAGACAUUUAAAACGAUCCUUAAUACCGCUGCGAAGAAGUGUUCAUAUAUAUUUUUAAUAAAUCGCAUCUUGUUUGCGACACAUUGUCCCAGUGGUUAACGGCGUGUCAUUUUUCAGUUAGUCUUGUGAAUUAGUGAACACAAGCAAGUAGUGGCUCUGCUGAGUGAUCCCCAGCAUUGCUGAUGUCCAUGGACGUCGGAGUUCACGCCGUAUUGGUUUUCUGUGUCUGACAUGGAAAACUCAUUACAUUUGCCGCGCAAGAAAAAAUAACGUUAAAUUAUGUAUUCCAUUAAAAUUGCGUCGCUCGCGUCACAAGUCGUGGGCUUCGCUAAUUAUCUGCUUUAUAAUGUUAAAUUGCAUAAAGUGCACAAAAAUAUUAGCAAAAUAUUCUCUCGUCGAACAAAUAGUGAUAAUUCAAAAACAUUGAAGAUCCAGUGUGUUAUAUUUUACUUAAAAAAAGAAACAAUUCAAUGCUUUAAUUAAUCCCUUAAACAAAAACUAUAACAGUAGAAGGUAUAGUUUAUUGAUGUGUGAACAACGAACUUAAUAGGUAGCUUAACAAGUUAGGUAGCUACUCUGAAACGUAAAAAACGUAAAAAAAAUUGAUCACAUUUUCAAAAGCACGGCGUCGUCUUCUCCCGCCCCCCGCUACCAUCCCCAUCUAAGGCCCACGAGGGUUAACGAUAGGGAUGUGCGCGUUAUCAAUCCUAUUUACGAUAAAAAUAUAUUUUUUAACUAUCACAGAUUUUAUCGAUAAAUUUUAUCGAUGAAAUGGUGAAUCGCCAACGUCUUCAUUUACUGGAUCGGUUAUCUUGCACUCAGCACAAAUCCGACAUACACUUUAACAUGCAAUUUAAGAUUCUUUGGCGAAUUUAUUUUAUUCAAAUAUUAAUGAUAAAAAAAUGUAUUUACACGUAAUAAACCUCCCAGAUGAUCGUUAGAAGACUGAAUCUUGACUCGAAACUAAGUAAUCAAUAUCUUCUAUUCAGUCAGUCAGCUGUGUCAGUCUAUCCCUAUAUUCUCAUAUACAUUUCAAUAUAAACAGUUUUGUAGUGUUUUAUGUUUUAACUUCGCUGUCGUAUCUAAUAGAUUUAUUACCUUCAUAUAUAAUUUGAAAGACUAAUAGUCUUGUAAACAAUUUUACAUUGUUUGCAAUGACUAAAGAGGUAUUGUUCAGUUUUCGCCAGUGGUAGAUAUAAUUGACACUACUUUUACGCUUCAAUAUAAUUUCAAUCUGAAUAUAGUUUGAAUCAUAUACUUGAGGGAGU